AUGUCUACCAGAUUGAACGGCAAACCUGUCUGUCGUUGGGCAGGUCUUUCACUAUCCAGCAUUGCUUCCACGUUCUUCCAAGAUCUCCUUGGGCGCGAAAGUGCCCAGUACGAGCACAAGCUUGUGGCAAUCAGCACAACAGGCUCCAAAGAGCGCGCGCAGAAAUGGCUCGCGGAAAACAAAGUCCCUGAUGCCGAAUCUGUAGUUAUUUAUCACUCUUGGGAGACAAUGCUGCAGCAAGGAGAUUUUGACAUCGUCUACAUCUCCACGCCACAUCCCCUGCACUAUGAAGAAACACUGGCAGCUCUCACACACAAACGAAAUGUGCUCGUCGAGAAACCUGCAACAAUGACGGCUGCACAAUACCGCAAGUGCAUAGCACUAGCGGCACAGCAGCAAGUCGUUCUCAUGGAAGCCAUGUGGACACGGUACCUUCCUGCGACGCGGUACCUGCAGGAAGAGUUGUUGCCCCGGAUCGGGAGCGUCAGACGGGUGUUCUCCGACUUUUCAUUCCCCAUCGUCGGUCCAGAUCUCGCAGAUGAGUCUAGAUUCUUGGAUAAGGCUGCUGGUGCCGGUUCGUUGCUUGACCAAGGGGUCUAUGCCUUGACGUGGGCAGAUAUUGCACUCAAUACGCUAAACGUGUCUGACACCAACGUCUUGCACGCACAUACACACAACGUGCCACAGAGACCCGGAGAGGUUGACGAUAUCACCACCGUGGUCCUUGCCAGUACGGAUGCAACUGCGAUUGUGUCAACUAGCAUGACGCUUCCAGGCUCGAGCAAGCCACCAUUCUAUGUACGACUCCAAGCGAGGAAGGCCGGGCCCGCAGUCAGGAUCGAAGGCACGGAGGCGUCUGUUGCGAUCCCGUUUCCGUCCAUCCGCCCCGAGGAGUUCCAUGUGCAGUGGUACGGGAACCAAGACGUGAACGAGGAUGGGACCGAAAAGGAUGAGAUCAUCCGAAAACCGGUGGAUGGUUGGGGUAUCUGGUAUCAAGCCGAUGUUAUUGCCAACGCAGUAUUUACCAGGAGACCACAAACUAUCGGCGCCGAGGAGAGCUUGCGAGUACUUGAGUGGAUGGACAAGUCGCGAGAACUAGCUGGAAUAAAGUAUGAUGCCAAGCUGGAGCAGCUAUGA